UGACAGCUUCACGAUCCAACAACACCAGUAAGUAAGACAAUAAUAAUCAUAAAUAUGCCCAUAUGUUUAUCCUGACCCAGCCCACUGAUAUAUUGAUUGUCCUUUUUACCCUUUUACAUUCACAACGUGCAACAAGUACCUCGCAUUUAAUACACUGCUUUAUAGUACAAAAUUACAAACCAUAUAUCAAAUCUGCCGUUCAUAAGAUCUUAAAAGUUAUUAGGGCAAGAAUGUAAAAAAAAAAAUUGAGGAUUAACUCAUAGAACAAAAAAAAAAAAAAACAUCUUCUUAUUGUACUAUUUGACUCUAGUAAUGUUACGUAAACUCAGUCUAAAAUUUCAAAAAUGCUUUCACAAGAAAGGAAAAAAAUCAAGUAAACUUUAUAAAGCUUUAAGUGGCAGUUAUGUAAAUGUGUAGUCCACAUGUGGGCAUUUUCUAGUUACAGUUUAGAAAAGUCAUAAAUAAAGCUUUUCGGGAAAAUCUACUAAACACAUGCACAUCGCAUCGAACAUACAGAUUAGCUCUGUCUUCGAAACACUUAAAAAACUUAAAACAAAUAAAUAAAAAAAGCUUUUGAAUUGUCUCGGGAACAGAACUCAAGUCUUCGAAGUUCGAUCAAGUUUCAGUUUUUUUUUUUAAUAUUAAUUUUAAUCUGUUGUUCACUAACGAAUUUGAUCACCGGAGAGAUAUGGAGGAGACACCGAGGUCCGUCGGCGAGGCGUCGACGACUAACUUCGUGGUUGCACGACCGUCUGCGAAGACUGAUGACGCGGUGACGAUGAGAGGCUGUGGUUUCGGUAACUUCGGUGUAGACAGAGAGGAGCUUCGUCGGAGGAUAGUGAUGCCUGAGUAUCUCCGACUCGCCAUGCGAGAUUGCAUCAAGCGGAAAGACUCCACCGCGGUUCCGGACCAUUUGGUACUUCCCGGCGCCGCCGCCGCCGCUACGGAGGAGUUAGCUCCUCAUACACCGAUGGUUGUGUUUAUUAAUCCUAAAAGUGGAGGUCGUCAUGGACCUGUUCUUAAAGAGAGGCUUCAACAGUUGAUGAGCGAAGAACAGGUAUUUGAUCUAACAGAAGUGAAGCCCCAUGAAUUUGUACGGUACGGUUUGGCGUGUUUGGAGACUAUUGCAGCGAAAGGAGAUGAAUGCGCAAGAGAAUGCAGAGAAAGGAUACGGAUCAUGGUGGCAGGUGGUGAUGGUACAGUUGGUUGGGUACUUGGUUGUCUCGGUGAGCUUCACAAAGAAGGAAAAUCACAUAUUCCUCCCGUUGGUGUCAUUCCUCUCGGUACAGGAAACGACCUCUCUAGGAGUUUUAAUUGGGGUGGUGCAUUUCCUUUUGCUUGGAGAUCUGCUAUGAAAAGAACAUUACACCGAGCAACUCUAGGCCCCGUUGCUAAAUUAGAUAGCUGGAGUAUUGUAGCGUCGAUGCCAUCUGGAGAAGUCGUGGAUCCUCCUUAUUCUUUGAAGCCUUCUGAGGAAACUGCACUUGAUCAGGCUUUGGAUGCCGAAGGAGAUGUACCUCCUAAAGCAAAGUCAUAUGAAGGAGUAUUUUACAACUACUUCAGCAUAGGUAUGGAUGCUCAAGUUGCAUAUGGAUUCCACCAUCUCCGCAAUGAGAAGCCAUAUCUAGCUCAAGGUCCCGUUACAAAUAAGAUUAUUUACUCAAGUUAUAGUUGCACUCAAGGUUGGUUUUGUACACCUUGUGUCAGUAAUCCAGGUUUAAGGGGACUAAGAAACAUAAUGAAAAUCCAUAUUAAAAAGGCAAAUUGCUCCGAGUGGGAAGAGAUCCUGAUUCCUAAAAGCGUGAGAUCCAUUGUGGUAUUGAAUCUUGAUAACUAUGGAAGUGGAAGACAUCCAUGGGGUAAUCUGAAACCAAACUAUCUAGAGAAGAGAGGAUUUGUGGAGGCGCAUUGUGAUGACGGGCUGAUAGAGAUUUUUGGAUUGAAGCAAGGUUGGCAUGCGUCAUUUGUAAUGGCUCAAAUCAUCACGGCUAAGCACAUUGCUCAGGCUGCUGCGAUUAGGUUUGAACUAAGAGGAGGUGAUUGGAAAGAUGCGUUCUUGCAAAUGGAUGGUGAGCCAUGGAAGCAACCGAUGAAAACUGAUUAUUCUACUUUUGUGGAGAUCAAAAAGGUUCCUUUUCAGUCGCUAAUGAUCAAUGGUGAAUGAUCUCAGCAUUUUCCAGAGGUUUUAUGAGAUGAUGUGAUAGGAAAAAAGAGGAGCCUGAUCUAUUUGUAUUUUUAUUAAUUAGUCAAAAUAGCCAUCUCUGUUCAUCUUCUGCUGCUGAUGUUGUUGUUGUUGUUGUGCCUAUGAUGAAUGUAUUUUUGGAAGGGAUUGUAAUUUAUGAUGAUGUUUUCAGUAUCUAUUAAAAAACAGUCAAGUUUCAAGCAAUCA